CGCAGCUGCGCGCUUCGCUUCUUGUCUCUCCUGGAGCGCAAAGAUCCACAUGACGACAGAGCGGGACGCGUUUGGGGGGAUAUAAAGACGGAGAGCCAAAGACAGCCUGGACAACAAAGAAAAGAAACUGUCUUCUCUUUCUAUUUUUUGCAACGUAGUUUGUCAAGUGUGAUGGACCAUGGCUGCAGAUCUCACCUUUUCCCAAAAAACUAAAUUGACUUAAAUAUUUACAACAAAAUCUUUUUUUUUAUUCUUACAAUAAAACUUAAAGACAUGGAUACUUUGAGAAACGAGACAGCAUCAACCAUCGAGUGCGUCGCCGGCGCGCUGAUGGAGCAGCUUCAGAGCAGAGCGGCUUACAACGGGAGCCUGGAGACUGAGAACAUCUCCUGCGUGAACCCGUCCACGCUUCCAACGCCGCAGCGCGUGAGACACAGAGAAGAGGGCCACACGCUCCGGAUCCUGCUUUACUCGCUCAUCUUCUUCCUGAGUGUCUUUGGAAACCUGCUCAUCAUUGUGGUCCUCACUGUCAACAAGCGAAUGCGCACCGUCACUAACACCUUCCUGCUGUCUCUCGCUGUGAGCGACCUGAUGAUGGCCAUCUUCUGCAUGCCCUUCACCCUCAUCCCCAACAUCCUCAAGGACUUCAUAUUUGGAGCAGCCAUGUGCAAGAUCGUGUCCUACCUCAUGGGCAUAUCAGUGAGCAUCUCCACGUUUAGCCUGGUUGCCAUAGCAAUCGAGCGCUACAGUGCCAUUUGCAACCCCCUGAAGUCACGGGUGUGGCAAACCCGUUCCCAUGCCUACCGCGUGAUUGCUGCUACAUGGGUGCUGGCCUUCAUCAUCAUGGUCCCCUACCCAAUUAUCAGUCACCUGGAGCCUUUUCAGGGUUCUGCCAACACCACAGCGCACAAGUGUCGCCACAAGUGGCCCAUCCAAACUGCUGAGCAGACCUGGUAUGUAAUGCUUCUGCUAAUAUUGUUUGCCAUUCCUGGAGUGGUUAUGAUCAUUGCCUACGGACUGAUCUCCAGGGAACUUUAUCGAGGAAUCCGGUUUGAGAUGGGCCAGAAAAAAGACUCUACUGAUGUGAAGAAUGGCCUGACCUCAACCGUGUCUAAUGUUAGCGACGAUGGAGAUGGCUGUUAUGUUACUGUGGUCCAGAGGCCCCACUCAAUGGAAAUGUCCACCAUGGCUGCAUCAAUCAGGCAGGUAAAAGCGGACAGACCACGCAGCAACACGUCAGAGGCCAAGCUGGAGGCCAAGAAGCGAGUCAUCCGUAUGCUUGUGGUCAUCGUCGUCCUUUUCUUUCUCUGUUGGAUGCCUCUGUACUGUGUCAACACCUGGAGGGCUUUUGAUGACAGCUCCGCCACCCGUGCUCUCUCCGGAGCACCUAUUGCUUUUAUCCACUUGCUGAGCUACACCUCCGCCUGUGUCAACCCCAUCAUCUACUGCUUCAUGAACACUCGCUUCCGCAAAGCCCUGCUCUCCACUUUCUCGUGGUGCGGCGCUCCCUGUCGUCACUGCUGCCGCCGUCGUGGGCUACGCGACAUCGAGGAAGACGUUAUGGCAACGGGGGCCUCCAUGUCAAAGUUCAGUUACACUACAGUCAGCACCAUGGGAAACUGCUGAGAGAGAUGUGGACACAAUCCAGAAGGGACAGUUACCACGGCAACACAGCAUCUCACAACCCUUGUUUCAGGCCAACACUGUGCUCAUUGGGACAGUAAUGUGAAGAGGGGAAAGGGACCAUUUAUUGUAGCAUUAAAACAGCAUCGUCUAUUACUGUGAGUGAAGGUAUGUAAAGAUUAUUUGACAAAAGUCCAUUUUUGAGUGUAAAUACCCACAUAUAUGAAGAACUUUGUGUGACUCAUCUCUGUUGACCAAGAAAAUUCUUGACUUGAAUGUUUACAGUAAGGUUCAUGCGUGUCUGUGUGGGAGUGUGUAAUGGCGAGGAUGUGUUUCACUGCAUUCUAUGCUACAGGUUUUCUUAAUGACGUCUAUAUGUUGCUAUUUUAAACUUAUGUGUUGCUGUUAGUUGCUGGAGUGGCUCUGUGUUGAUGUAGGUAAAGCGGCUGCCUUGUGGACUAAGUGCCUGCCUUUAAAUACUGUUGCUGCAUUAAUCUCAUAUUGAUCUGUUGCAUCUGUUCCUUGUGUAAUAGCUGCUGGGACACUCUUGCUUUUUGAGUUUCCUCACUACAGCUGGUUGGUAGGCCCUGUUACAGAUGUUUUAAAGCUAAUUCCAGAGACUUUUUAUGAACAUGCUCUCCUUAUUGAGGAGAUUUUUAAGCAAUUAGUUGAAGGGUUGGCAUGAACUUUGAGCUACAUCUGCUUAACUGCAGUUUAGCUAAAGAAGUUGGAAUGUUACCCUUAAAAAACACUUUUUUUUCUUUGCUGCUCUGGAAAUGUUGUCUCAUGCACUGACCUCGUUUCUGUACUCCAUACUUUCUCCUGCAUCCAUGGAAAUGUGUCUCAAAUAAAAAAGACGAAUCGACAAUGUCAAAUGUAUUGACCUUUGAAUGGUCAAAUUUGAUUAUAAAUGCAUAAAAUUAAAUCAUCUGAUCCAAACCCAUUGACUGUAUAUGAGACCUGGACCGAGUGAGCAUGACGUCACUUACUUUUGCCUCCAACAAAAUUAAGUAAAUUCAGUCCCCAUUUUUUUGCCAAAUGAAUGCCACCAUAUUGAAGCCAGACAUCAGUGUGAGUCAACAUUUCUAUGGCAACCACUCCCGCCAAUCUGGAGUGAACUUGUUGGAGGUCCACACCCUCACCUCUUGAAUUUGUCAAUCCAUUGUUUGGUGUGAGAACACAUACUUUUAUUGAGGCAUCUAAUUUGCACUACAGAAAAACUAUCCUGAGUAGAACUAGAAUUGUUAUUCUGACAAAUAGUUAUUUCUAAAUAGAAUUCUAUGGGAUUUUGGCUUCUUCGAGCCAGCAGGUACUUCCUGUUUAAAACGCCAGGGGGGGAGGUGUCACAAGUCCAUUUCUCUUUACAGUCAAUGUCCAAACCACCUUUGUGAGAAAUAAUUUGAGUUCACAUCAGACUGAAGAGUCAGUUUCUGUGCAUUUGAGACGUUUCUGAAUAGAAACUUUAAGCUCAGCCUCAACGCUUGUGCAAUGCGUGAACUGCAAACGGCAGUGUUCAAAACCAAAUUCAUCAUUGGUUUUGCUGUGGAAGCCAGAAUAGAAAAAAAAAGAGAAAAAUACAUGGAGAUUCUUAAACUCAAUCUUUCGUUCCUGGCAAUUUGCAUUACCCUAAGGUGAAAGAAAAAUGCACGCUAUAAGCACGUUUUUGUGUAAAUAAACUUGGUAUAAACAUAUCCUGGAAAAAAAUAAAUAUUUAUAAAUCUGAGGUUUCUGAAAAUUGAAAUACAAUUUUUUUUUCUUUGAUGCACGAACCCAAUAUUUACAUCUAAUAUUUACAGGGCAUUUAGUGCACUUAGACAGUUGAAAAGCGUCGAGCUUCAUUUUAGAGCCAGCAUACGGCUGGAAUGAAUGGGUGUCAGAGUGGAGCCCAGCUAUUUGUUCUGGGUUCACCUGCAGAGCAGAAGCCUGAAUUUAGGGUCCUUUCUUGUCAGCUCUGCUUGUCGUGGCUGUUAUUCUUGGGCCUUGACUCACUCGCACACUAAUUGUGUUAAAAAGUCAGCCCUGCCAGGUGCAACAAGUGAGGAGAUUUUUCUGAGUGCAGCAAAACACAGUGCUGUCAGUGUCGCCGUUUAUGAUGAAUGACUUGCUUUUGUGGGUUUUUUUUCCUAGGCAGUCAUAAAAUGAUUUUCAUUUCUAAAGUGAAGCACAGACUUUGUGUUUAAAUAAUAUUAUUCUUAAUUACGGUAAGGAUGGCAAGGACACACGCCAAAACCUUCAUUAACAAAUGCAAAAUUAGGAACAUUAACAUCCUGUUAAUGCUGUCAAACACAAAAAUCUUACAUUGAUGCCCUAAUCAAUUAGUAUAACGCCAAACCUACACUGGUCUGCCUGCAGUGCUCCUCUGUUGCGUUGUGUGGGGAGUCCGUGUCACAACUGUCAGUCAUUUUACACAAGCUGCGUUUCCAUAACACAUAAGCACUUUGGGUAACACU